AUGGGCUCCAUCAACUUCCCCGCCGAAGAGGAGCGCAUCCUCUCCCACUGGAACGAAACCAAUGCCUUCCACCGCCAGCUCGAAUUGACAAAAGACGACCCUCCCUACGUCUUCUACGAUGGCCCGCCCUUCGCCACUGGUACCCCUCACUACGGCCACCUCCUCGCCUCCACCAUCAAAGACAUCAUCCCCCGCUACUGGUCUAUGCGCGGGCGUUUCGUGGAACGCCGAUUCGGCUGGGACACGCACGGCGUGCCAAUCGAGCAGAUCAUCGACAAGCAACUGCAAGAAGAACUCGGCGUGAGAGGGAAAGCUGCGGUGGAGAAGAUUGGCAUCAAAGAAUACAACCGUCGGUGUCGCGAGGUGGUGCUCACGUAUGCGGAAGAGUGGAGGAAAGUGGUGGGUCGGGUUGGACGAUGGAUUGAUUUCGAUCGGGAUUACAAGACGAUGGAUGCGACGUUUAUGGAGAGUUGUUGGUGGGUGUUUGCGCAGCUGCAUCGAAGGGGUUUGGUGUAUCACGGUGCGAGGGUGUUGCCGUAUUCGACGGCGUUGAACACGCCCUUGUCGAAGAGCGAGGCGCAAGAGGAGUAUAGAGAGGUGCAAGAUCCGGCGGUGACGGUUUCCUUUCCCGUGGUGGGUGGGGAGGUCAGCUUUGUGGCGUGGACAACGACACCGUGGACGCUGCCUAGCAAUGUUGCGUUGUGCGCGCAUCCGGAUUAUGAGUACCUUGUGGUCAAAGAUGUGGAGACGGGGAAUACCUACAUCAUGCUGGAGGCGGGGUUGAAGGUGCUUUAUAAGGAUCCGAAGAAGGCAAAGGACAAGUUCAAGUUGUUGCCAUUGAAGUUGAAGGGGAAGCAAUUGGCUGGUUUGAAGUACAAGCCGCUGUUCAACUACUUCUACGAAGACUUCAAGACGCAUGGUUACAGGAUGAUCCUAGAUACGUACGUCAAGCAGGACGAUGGUGUGGGUAUCGUUCACCAAGCCCCGGCUUUCGGUGAAGACGAUUACACUAUCGGAUGGCGAGAGGGUAUCAUCGCUGCGGAACGACCGCCUCCAAACCCUCUCAAUGCAGGUGGAGAGUACACCAGCGAAGUGCCCGACUUUGAGGGCCAGCAUGUCAAAGCCGCGGACAAGAACAUCAUCAAGCACUUGGAAGGGGCAGGCCGAUUGGUCCGCAAGUCACAGAUCACCCAUAGAUACCCUUUCUGCCCUCGAUCGAAGACACCCCUAAUUCAGCGCGCCGUACCGAGUUGGUUCAUCAAAGUCGAGCAGAUCGUGCCGGAGCUGGUUGGGAACCUGGAGAAGACGCACUGGGUUCCUUCAUCGGUCAAGACAGGUCGGUUCAAUCAAUGGUUGGGUUCGGCGAGAGAUUGGAACGUCAGCAGGAAUCGAUACUGGGGCACGCCGUUGCCAUUGUGGGUCUCUGAUGACAUGAAGGAGGUGGUGUGUGUUUCUUCAGUGGCCGAGUUGAAGAAGCUGUCGGGAAUUGAGGGUGAGAUCAAGGAUUUGCACAGGGACUCGAUUGAUCACAUCACCAUUCCUUCACAACAAGGAAAGGGCACGUUGAAGCGUGUGGAUGAGGUUUUCGACUGCUGGUUCGAGUCGGGUUCUAUGCCGUACGCUUCUUCGCAUUAUCCCUUUGCAUACCCUGAGCUCUUCACCAAGUUCCCGGGUGACUUCAUCGCGGAAGGUCUGGAUCAAACUCGUGGGUGGUUCUACACUCUGUCUGUGCUGGGAACACAUCUCUUCAAGACAUUCCCUUACCAGAACUGUGUCGUCAAUGGCAUUGUCUUGGCCGAGGAUGGCAAGAAGAUGUCAAAAUCGCUCAAGAACUUCCCAGAUCCCAUGCUUGUCAUUGACCGGUACGGAUCCGACGCACUGAGACUUUACCUCAUCGACUCUCCAGUCGUCCGUGGUGAGCCUCUUCGAUUCGCCGAGCAGGGCGUCAAGCAGAUCGUCUCCGGUGUGCUGCUCCCACUAUGGAACUCGUACAAUUUCUUCGCCCAACAAGCAGCCCUCUACAAGAAGAACUCAUCCCAAGACUUCACCUUCGACCCGGAAAUGCAAAAGUCCAAUGAGAACGUCAUGGAUCGCUGGGUUCUCGCCUCCAUUCAAUCCCUCCUCCAAUACGUCAACAAAGAGAUGGAAGCCUACCGCCUGUACACUGUUGUCCCUCGUCUCCUCAAGAUGGUCGACGAUGUGACGAAUUGGUACAUUCGCUUCAACCGCAAUCGGCUGAAGGGUCAAGGUUCCGGAGAUGAAGACGCCACAACCACCAACACCGACACUCUCCACGCGCUCAACACCCUCUACGAAGUUCUCUACACCCUGGUACGCGCUCUUGCACCUUUCAUCCCCUUCCUCUCCGACAACAUCUUCCAACGCCUCGCACCCCACCUUCCUAAGUCCAUCACCACCGCGGAGAAAGACGUCCGCAGCGUGCACUUCCUUCGCUUCCCCACCGUGCGGGAGGAGCUCUUCGACCCGAUCGUUGAACGCCGCGUGAGCCGCAUGCAAAAAGUCAUCGAGCUGGGCCGCGUAUGUCGCGAUCGCCGAACUGUCUCCCUCAAGACCCCACUCAAGACUCUUGUCGUCUUACACCAAGACCAAGAAUUCCUCGAUGAUGUCCGUACCCUUGAACGCUACGUGACGGAAGAACUGAACGUCAACGAACUCGUCCUUACCUCCGACGAGAGUGCCUACGGCGUGGAAUACGACGUCAAAGCCGACGUCAAGAACCUAGGCCAAAAAUUCAAGAAAGAUGCCGCGAAGAUCAAGGCUGCGCUGCCCAAACUCUCGCCUAAAGAAAUCCGGUCGUUCCUCGACGCCGGCUCUAUCACCGUCGAAGGCCACGCGCUGUCCGCCGAAGACCUCCGCGUGCAACGCAACUUGAAACCCUCGGAGGCGACCAAGAAUUUGGAACCAGCCGUGGAAGGCGAUUGUAUGGUCUUGCUGGAUGCAUUCGCGUACCCGGAGUUGGCGCAGGAGGGAUUGGCGAGGGAGGUAUUGAACCGCAUCCAGAGAUUGAGGAAGAGCGGCGGACUAGUGCCGACCGAUGAUGUGCGAGUGGAGUAUGUCGUUCUGCCUCCCUCGACUGAGGAGAAGAUGAAUGGUGAUGGGGAGGCGGCGAGGAAAGAGCAGGAGAGGGUCGUUGAGGAGAUGUUCAAGGGGCAGGAGGUAAUGUUUGGCAAAGCGGCUAGUAAGGGCGUUGUCAAGGGUAGUGUGGAUGGUGGGGCAGAGGGUGCUGUGGAGGAGGAGGCAGAGGUCAAGGAGAUGAGGUUGUUGCUGAGGGUCAUCAAGGUUUGA